AUGUUACUUGCUUUAUCAUUUGUUCCUAUUGAUGAUGUUCGAAGUGCAUUCGAUCAACUUGUUGAAACGAAGUAUUACAAAGAUCAUGAAGCCGAGUUGCAUGGAAUUCUUGAUUAUUUUGAGCGCACUUGGAUAGGUGUAUUGUCUAGGAGUGGCAAGUCACGAUUAAAGCCGUACUUUGCAUUAAGGCUAUGGAAUUAUUAUGAAGCUGUUAUCAAUGAUUUGAUUCGGAGUAAUAAUGCUGUUGAGGGAUGGCACAACUCUUUUAAUAAACAGGUCCGUGUUGCUCAUGCCAGUUUCAAUAAGUUUAUUGAUGUAAUUAAAUCAGAGCAGAUAAAAACUGAUGUAUUUAUUACGCAAGCUGACAUUGGAUUAGGCAUUGCUAGUAAACGUAGACGUGAAUAUGUUGAUUUGGAUAAUCGUUUAAAAAAUACUGUAUUAUCAUAUGAUCGUAAUAAAAUAAUUAAAUAUUUACAUGAUAUUGCGACAAUUCUUAUGUUGUAA